UUUCUUUAUUGGAUUAUUUUAAACAACGAAAGAAAUAAAUAUAUAAGAAAAUUAGAUUUCUUUUGGUCGUGUAAAAUUCCACAAAGUCUUGUCUUUCACACCUUUCGAACUUGAAUUUACACAUUUGGAGAAAGAAUCUAGGGUUUCAUUUCAGCAUAAUUCUGCAAUAAGGUCUGUUUCUGUGUAAUCUUCUUGUUUUUCUCUCCAUUUUUUUUUCCUCUUCUGAUUUCAUGUACCCACUUGCAAAAUCUUAGUUUCAUAUGUGUUCUUGAUUUUUCCAAUUGAAGUAUCGAAAUUUGAUACAAGAUGAGAUUUUAAUAAAACCCCACUAUGAAUUGAUGUAAUUUUAACAUGGGGUUUUAAUGAUUUUGGGGUUUUAGAGAGUUUAGAACAAGGGCACAUAAUGGAGGAAGUUGAGGUUGUGAACAAAUCAGCUGUGGAGAGUUGUUAUAGAGUUCUUCAAAUUUUAUCUCAACCUCAAAAUGAGGGCAUGUCUCAUUUAGGGGUGGAAACAGGUGAAGCUGUAGUCAAGUUUAACAAAGUUAUGUCUCUUCUUGACAAUGGUGGUGUUGGUCAUGGAAGAGUUAGAAAACAUGGGAAAUUUCAGUUUCAACCUUCACUUCCCCAGAGUAUAUUCUUGGAUUAUCCAAAUUCUCAGACAAAUGGUUCAAUCAAACCUCUUCAACUUCUUCAAACUAAUACUACAUCUGUAGAGACGGGAUCGAGGACUAAGACUUUGCAACUUCAUCCGAAAAUUUUCUUAGAGAAUCCAGCAUUAGAAUUGAGCUUAGUUUCGAAAAACACUUUGCAACUUGCCCAGACACCUUCUCUACACCAUCAAUUUCUCCAACAACAGCAGCUGCAACAGCAGCAGCAACAACGACAGCAGCAACAUCAACAAAUGAUACAACUUCAACAGCAGCAACAACACCAGAAAAUGAAAUUCCAAGCAGAAAAUAUGAUGUUUCAAAGGAGUAAUAGCACGAUUAACCUUAAGUUUGAUAGCCCAAAUUGUACACCAACUAUGUCAUCAAAUAGAUCUUUCAUUUCAUCUUUGAGUAUGGAUGGGAGUGUCUCUAAUUUGGAUGGAAAAUCGUUUAGUUUGAUUGGUGCACCACAAUCGUCUGGCUGGAGUUCACAGCAGAGUUCUAAGAAGGGGUGUUCUGGUAGGGGAGGAGAAGAUGGGAGUGUUAAAUGUGGAAGUAGUAGUGGUAGAUGUCAUUGCUCAAAGAGAAGGAAACUAAGAGUGAAAAGAUCCAUCAAGGUUCCUGCGAUUAGUAACAAGCUUGCAGAUAUCCCUCCGGACGAGUUCUCAUGGAGGAAGUAUGGGCAAAAACCUAUCAAGGGUUCACCACACCCUAGGGGAUAUUAUAAAUGUAGCAGUAUGAGAGGUUGUCCCGCCAGAAAACAUGUUGAGAGGUGUUUGGAGGAACCCAAAAUGCUUAUUGUCACUUACGAAGGUGAACACAACCAUUCUAGACUACUUACUCAAUCUGCCCACACAUAGUCAUGACUGAGAUUUCACUAGUAUAAGAAUUAAAGAGAAAAUUUGUCAAAGAGGCUACUGAUUGGAGGCAAAGAAGUACCAAAUAAAGUUCUUCAUCCAGGCCCAUGCUGCUGAUAUCCAUCCAAACCUAGUCCUUGACUGGUAAUUUAUGAGUCGCUCUUGUAGUUAAUAUGUAGGAACCGAAGUAACAAUGGGGUGCGACGUUCAGCGAUCUAGGUAAUGAUGCUCUGUUUGGCCUUCUUCUUCUGGUGGCGUAGGAAAGUAGGAAAAUCGAAAGUGACAAGUCUACACAAAAAAGGUGACAAGUCUACACAAAAAAGGGGUCGGAAUAGUGAGAUAUGGAACUUACACUUGUACCAUGACAACUUACUUUGUUAUGAUUUUGUUCAGUGAGUUUCUCCAUGAAUGAAAUGUUAUCUUUUGGAAUGGUUACUUCAUA